AUGCAGACCUAUGCUGCCGAAAUCGGGGAGAUGGUCCGAGCCCAACGGAGGGAUGAGGAGGAAAUUGACCUCUUGCAGCACCGCAUUUCUCAGGUUAUCAAAGAACUAUUGGGUCAGCGAGCAUGGAUCAGAUUUUUUCCCUAUCUGAGAGCAAUGGCGCUGAUAGCGUAUUACUCGUGCACAACUUUAGCGGGAGUACAAACGCUUGGAGAGGAAUAUGUGAAGAUAUUUCAAAUUCAGUCGGAACUACGUGCUGCUCCUUUGCUACGAGCCAGGAUUCUUUUUAUUGUUGUCCACACAAUCGCCCCUUUGUUAUCAAGAUUUGCUCUACAGAAAGCAGAAAUUCUUCUCGCUCAUCCAUCAACUUCGUCAUUCCUUGGCGUACCAAUCAGGAAUAAUCCAACAGCCAGGAGGAGCUUCAAGUCAUUAGUUGAAUGGAUGAGGUCUGUUGGUAUUCCUCAACUCUAUCGCAUACAUUUGGCUUUCUUCUAUAUAUUCGGAGUCUACUACAAUAUUUCCCGCCGGGUCUCUGGUAUCAAGUACUUGUCUCUUAAUCCUCAGAGCGAUCUUAAGGCUUUGAAAGUGUACAAGUUUCUUGGUUAUUUGACACUCACUCAGACCGCCCUUAGCGUCAUUCUGUGGAUAGCGUCUACCCUGGGAGCGGAAAGGAAUUCUCCGACUUUGAAGAAUUCCGGCGAUGAGAAGGAUGGUGAUGUAGGUUUCAUCAACAACCCCUUUCCAUUGAACAGUUGCUCAACGCCGUGCUUCCACUGCUGUGUUCCUGGUUGCCAUUUUGUU